ACACGGUGAGGAGAUAGUAAAAGAGGGAGACUUUAGCGGACAUGAGAGGGGAUUGAAUUCCGAUUAAUGGCGCCAUGAGAUAUCUCUCUCUUCCUCCACCCCUUUUUCGUCUGUUUUUGAAAUCCAGGCUGUUUUUCCCCGUUAGCGUCUUCUUCACCGCGAGAGAGAUUUUGAUUGACGGAAAACGAAGAUCGCGAAGGAACCGGCGGUGAUUAUUUCUCUGGUAUUUAUUUUUUCGAAGAAGAAGAACAAUCAUAGGCAUCUAAGCAUUCUUUUGAUAAUCUAUUUUUUGGUCUGUGGAUCUGGUGCCGGAAACCCUAGAUAGGGUUUUCCGACUUUGUUCGUGGAGUUUUCCCCUUUCGGCUUGCUACGACUCCUAGUCGAGUGGGCGUUGCGUUGAAUGAGGGAAGGAGGGAGCUGAGGUGUUCUCUGCAAUUAUCUUCUUCCUUUUGGUUGCCGAUGCUAUUGGCUGUCUUUUCAUGCCGCCGGAACCUUCGACCUGGGAUCGGAAGGAUCUUUUUAAGGAGAAGAAGAAUGAGAGAUCGGAUGCCCUAGGCUCUGUUGCAAGAUGGAGGGACUCUCAUCACGGAUCUCGCGAUUUUGCCCGAUGGGGCUCGGACGACUUUCGCCGCCCUCAAGGUCAUGGUAAGCAGGAUGGUUACCAGCUCUUUCCCGAUGAUUCAGGUUAUGGAUGUACGAUUUCACGGUCCGGCGAGAGAGUAGCAGAUGAUGAUAUCUGCCGGUUUCCUGCUUCCCGUGCCGAGGCAAAAUACGGGCGGAACAGCCGGGAAAGUAAAGGAUCUUUCAGCCAGAAGGACUGGAAAGGUAAUAUUUCGGAGAGGGAUACUGAUGUCAAUUUUAGCUCCUCAGGCAGGCCGCAUGAAAUAAGUGCUCAGAGGUUAGUGCCGCAUGAGAUAAGUGCUCAGAGGUCAGUCGAUGAUCUUUUAACAUACCCAUCUCACCCUCAUUCUGACAUUGAAAACUCGUCAUGGGAUCAACUCAACUGCAAAGAUCAUCAUGAUAAGAUGGGUGGUCUUGAUGGCUUGGGUACAGGCUACAGAUAUGACAAAGAUCACUCGUUUGGCCCGAUCAACUGGAAGCCCCGGAAAUGGACCCGUUCUGGUAGCCUGUCAUCACGUGGCUCUGGUUUCAGCCACUCGGGAAGCAGCAGGUGCAUCAAAGCCGAUUCAGAGGAAAUGAAGCCCGACUUACGGCACGGGAAAGUACCUUCAGCUUGUAUACCUUCUGGGGAUGCUUCUGUUGCUGUAAAUAAUGCUGCACCUGUUGAUGAGUCCUGUCUCAGAAAGAAGCAGCGUCUUGGAUGGGGCCAGGGGCUGGCAAAGUACGAGAAGGCGAAGGUUGAAGGUCCUGAUGAAAUUAUUGGAAAGGGUGGAUUGUUUUCAUGUUCAAACAACAAUAGAAUUAUGCAUGGUCCUGUUCCAAGCAUGUCCGACAAAAGCCCCAGAAUCACAGGUCUAUCAGAAUGUGCCUCUCCCGCAACUCCGUCUUCUGUGGCAUGCAGUUCAUCGCCAGGAGUGGAUGACAAAUCAUAUAAUAAGGUGGCAGAUAUUGAUAAUGAUAUGAGUAAUUUAAGUGAUUCACCUGAUCAAGGAUUUCAGAAUUUCCUGGAAGAGUUCCCUGUUAGUCUAGAGAAUUUGGAGCUCAAUCCCUUGAAUAAUUUAAGCUCCCUUCUUUCUGAUCUAGUACAAGCUGAGGAUGCCAGCUCUGGUGACUCUUGUUUUGUGAGAUCAACUGGCACGAAUAAGUUGCUGCUAUUAAAAAGUGAUAUUUUGAAGGCGAUUGAGAAGACUGAAUAUGAAAUUGAUUUGUUUGACAGUGAGCUCAAAUCCUUGAAUUUGGAAUUGGAAAUUGGUGGUUUUUGUUUAAGAGGGCCCAGUUCUUUACAAGUGAUUAGUGUGCCCAAACAUUGUACAGAAGUAUGUGAUGCAUCUAAUGUAUUGCCAACAACAGCUCCGCUGCAAGUAGCUGCUGCGGGAGAGGUCCUUGAGGAGAAGCCAAUGAUUCACAAUGAUACCUUGGUAGAUGUAUGUACUGGAGUUGGGGAUGAGGAUAUCGACAGUCCAAGAACUUCUACGUCCAAGUUUGUGGAACCACCAUGCGUGAAAAAUCCAGACUCUUCUGCAGAUGUGGCAAAGCAUGAAGAAUCUUCUAUGGGUUUAGAAGUAGCCAGCUCUACAACUGCUGGUGGACAAAGUUUAUUACCCUCUGACAAAAAAAGGCCAGCAGCAAGUGUAUCUGGGGCAGCGGAAUCAAAUCACCGUGUUGAAAUCAAUGUAUCUGGGGUGGAAGAAGCAAAUAACCUUGUUAAAAUCAAUUCCAGUGCUCAGAUUUCCAGUAACUUGGGCCCGCAUAGUGGCAAAGAAUGUAAACUGCAUUCUUCAAUAUUUGCUUCGAAUAAAGAUAAUGCAAGAAAAGCAUUUGAAGUAUUUAAUAAACUAUUGCCCUCUGAGCAACAUGAAGUUGAUAUUUGGGGAGCCAGCUGUGCCUUUAACUUGCAGAACAGGGUACUUGUUAAGAAGAAACUUGCAACAAGGAAAUGUUUCCUGCGAUUCAAGGAGAGAAUUCUCACCAUGAAGUUUCGGGCAAUUCAAUACUUAUGGAAGGAUGACAUGCGUUUACUUUCAAGGAGGAAGAGCCGGUCGAAGUUUCAAAGGCGAUUUGAAAUGAGUUCCCGAGUGUCGCAUGCUGGUCACCAGAAAAAUCGAUCAUCUAUCCGGUCUCGGUUUACUUCAACUGUUGGUAAUUCACCAUCGGUUUAUAGCAGAGAGAUGAUGGAUUUUGCCAGCAAGCUGCUGUCAGAUUCCCAAAUUAAGCUCUAUAGGAAUAGUCUGAAGAUGCCUGCAUUAAUCUUGGAUGAGAAGGAGAGGAAGCUUUCAAGGUUCAUUACCACAAAUGGAUUAGUUGAGGACCCCUGUGCUGUUGAGAAGGAAAAGUCAAUGAUCAAUCCAUGGACUUUGAAGGAGAAGGAAAUUUUCAUGGAGAUGCUUGCUACGUUUGGGAAGGACUUCAAAAAAAUUGCCUCUUUUCUUGAGCACAAGACAACUGCUGAUUGUGUUGAGUUCUACUACAAAAACCAGAAAUCAGAAAGUUUUGAUAAAAUAAAGAAAAAAUUGGAUCUGAGAAAGCUAGAAAGAAGUUACCCUGCGAAUACUUACCUAGUGACAUCAGGAAAGAAGUGGAAUCGAGAGGUUAAUGCCGCUUCCCUUGAUAUGCUAGGAGCAGCUUCUGUGAUAGCAGCUCAAGCUGAUGAAAGCUUGAAGGCUCAUCAGAUUUGCGAGGGAAAGUUGUCUUGGGUGGGUUUACAUGGCUUCAAAACAUGUGAUGAUGCUGCCUUGGAAGUGUCAACUGGUGUUGAUAUUCUUGCAAAGGACAAAGAAGCUACAGCUGCUGAUGUGUUAACUGGAAUAUGUGGUGCUCUAUCAUCCGAGGCAAUGAGCUCCUGUGUUACAAGUUCUGUUGACCCAGGCGAGGGUUGUCAAGAGUGGAAGAGCCAGAAGGUUAGCUACAGAAACAAUCAACCUUUGACACCUGAGGUUAUGCAGCUUGUUGAUGACGAAGAAACUUGUUCAGAUGAUAGCUGUGGGGAGUUGGAUUCAGUUGAUUGGACAGAUGAUGAGAAGUCCAUUUUCAUACAGGCACUGAGAGCUUAUGGUAAGGAUUUUGGAAAGAUCUCCCGUUGUAUGGGGACAAGGUCACAAGAUCAAUGCAAAAUCUUCUUUAGUAAGGCCCGGAAGUGUCUUGGCCUGGAUGUGAUCCAGCCUGGGCCAGGCAAUGAUGGAAUGCCAGUGAGUGAUACCAAUGGAGGAAGGAGUGACACUGAAGAUGCUUGUGUUGUGGAGAUGGAGUCUGCCAUUUGCAGCACUCAAUCAUCAUCUAGGAUGGAUGUGGACUUGCCGUUGGAUAUGGAAGCAUCGACAAAUGUAGGUAUAACGAACUUGCAGACUGAUACAGAUGGGUUCAUUGAGAAAAAGCACUUGGGGCAAUCAGAAGAUGAAGGUUCUGAGAAGGAUCUGGGAGUUGUUGCUGAUGAUGUUCUGGCUGUGCCAAAAUGUGGUUUCGAUGGUGACAUCAAGUCAAUGGAACAGGUGGAAGGUAAGGUAGAGACUGCAUUGAGUUAUGAACAGCGUAUGGGGGUUCAUGAAAGUCUUGUUUCUACUGCUGAGAAAGAACAUGGAAAAGAGUCUACUGAGCCAACUGUCGCUCUUGUGGAUGAACCUGUAUGUGCGGAAGGACCAAAGGGAGAUGAGGUGAGAUUGAACUGUGCAGUUGACCUCCAUGCUGAACCACGUGCUACUGCCGGGCAUAUGAUGUGCUCAGAAAUAACACACCCUGCAGUGUCUGGAAAUGGUCUGGAUGAUAGAAAACAUACGAAGAGUAGUGCAGAUACAAAUAGCAAUACUAGUACUUUAUUUUGCUUUCCACCAGAUUCUCCAAACAGUAAAGCUUCUGGCAGUGUGGCAGAUAGAAGAAUUAUUCCUGGUUUUAGCUCGACUUCCAAUGUACAACAUCAGGUCUCUUUGGAGGGUCUUUCAUCUGUUCAUAAUCCUCAAAUUAUAUCAUGGCCACCGAAAGAGAGUUGUCCUGUGUCUGCAAGUUUAGUAUUACAGGAUUCUUCUGUUGUCCAUAGUGCGGAUCAUAUGCAGCCUCCACUACCACCACCAUCCUCAACUCUUAAUGUUGAGGAGCAGGGAAAUAAGCAGCAACUGGAAUCUUCAAAUGCAGAUAUUUACCAUCAAUAUCUUUUGGGACAGUCGUUGAAUCAGGUGGUCACCUCACAGAUUCUCAGAGGCUAUCCUCUCCAUGUGUUGAACAAGAAAGAGAUUAAUGGGGAUAUCGACAGCAAAAGCAGUGGGAAGUCCUCUGUAGUUAAUAGUUUCUCAAAGAUGAACAGAGAUCAACAUUCCUAUCAGCAUUUUGUGCAGGAAUCAUAUGACAAGAAGUGCACCACGUCAAUACUUCCCCAUUCCGUGGAUGCGCUCUAUCUUCCGCCCAGAACUCAAGAACAGUCGACGAGUGAUCAUCCCAGACCCCAUUUGUUGAGUAGCCCAGAUGUGGCAGAAAACUCACGUAAGACUGGUGAUGUCAAAUUGUUUGGUCAAAUUCUUAGUCAUCCCUCGCCUUUGCAGAAGCCGAAUCCCACCUCCAGUCGUGAUGGUGAUGACAAGGGGAUGUCUCCUGAUACUAGUGGCAGGGCAUUUAACUUGAAAUUCACACCUAAUCAAGGGACUGAUGGUUCUUCAGUUAUGCCUAAGGUUGAUCCUUGCAAGAAUUCAAGCUUGGAUGAUUUCCCCAUGAUGAGUUACGGUUUUUGGGAUGGGAACCGGAUACAGACUGGGCUGUCAUCAUUACCAGAUCCUGCAGUCUUAUUGGCGAAAUAUCCUGUAGCAUUUGGGGACUAUUCAACAUCCUCGUCAUGCAGGGUUGAACCGCAGCCACUGCCUCCGACCGUGAAAAGGAAUGACCAUAACUUGGGCUGUGUCUCCAUUUUCCCGAGUAAAGAUGUAGUCAGCGGUGAUUUUCAAGCUUACAGGACCUAUGACGGGACGGAAGUGCAACCAUUCAUGGUAGACAUGAAGCGCCAUGACGUGUUUUCAGAGAUGCAGAAACGGAAUGGUUACGAAGGUGUGCCAGGUUUUCAAACGCAAGGAAGAGUAGCUGGAAUGAAUGGUGUAGGGGGAGGUAGUAUCCUGGUUGGAGGAGGAAGUUGUACAGGGGUUUCAGACCCAGUUGCAGCCAUACAAAUGCAUUAUGCCAGUGCUGAAAGGUAUGGUGGUGGGCAGGCAGGAAGCAUUAGAGAGGAAGAAUCUUGGAGACGAGGUGACAUAGGCAGGUAGUAGAAGAAUAAGAAGCAAGCAAAAUAGGAAGGUAUGUUGGUUAAGAAGGGACAGUUUCUUUGGUCCUUGGUGGCGCUGUGGAAAGUUAAAAAAUUCUUUGUUGGGCCGCCUUGUACAAUAUUUUUGUAAAACCUCAAAUGGAACGAAAGGGAAGAUAUUGGUUACAUGGAAAAAAAAAACUUCUUAGGAGCUUUGUACUAUGCCGCCUUUUGUGUUUGUUGGUAUGCGAUGGAAGAAGAAAAAACAGAAAAUAAAAAUUUCGACAAAUUUGGGAGAGGAGGAGCAUACAUAGCUCUGCUGCUGGGGGCACUGGUUUGCGGGCGUUGUUGCUAUGGUUCAGUCUUACAGGUACCCCUGUUUUCAUUCCAUUCAUUCUUGUAGCGGUGUCAGACAAGUGUAGGAGUCUUGAAUUAUAUCGUCUCAUGUACAUAGAUAGUGAUAGAUAGUCUUUUUUACAUUAUUUUUUGAAAGCUUA